AUGUCUUUGAAGAGAGGAAUAUCAGCUAUGGUUGUAAAAUCUACAAAACCAGUAGAGCGCAAGGAUAUUACGAGCGAAAUAAAAUCCAGGAGAUCUGAAUCAGACAAUCCGUCUCCAAUUGAUUUCGACAAAUUUAUGCCCUGGGUUUGUCUAAAUUUCGAAAUUCUUGUUGAAGUGGUGGUGUUAAAGGCUGCUUUAGAGAAACAUGUGCCUCGACGCAAAGCAAGCUCUUUUUCUUCAAGAACAAGACUGAAAUCGACUGAAGAAAAAUCUCAGUUACAAAUUGCAUCGCUUUCAGCAAAUUUGACUUCUAAACAUAAAAAACCAUUGUCCAUUCAAGAGAUAACCAAUGUAGAUACAACAAAUAAAAUUCCAAUUACAGCUUAUUACGAUGCCUCUGGGCACCUCGCUGAGAUUGCUAUAAAUAAAAGCAAACUCAAGAUCAAUCGUAAAAUUAUCAAGUGUAUCAAUAUUUGCCUUCCAUUUCAUCCUGCUCUCUACAAAAUCUCAAUUAAAAGUGGUCUAACUUGCGAUGUAUUGUAUGAAGUAGCAAAAAUGUUACCACAUUCAAAUAUAACCGAUGUUUGUCUUGACGAUACCUCCAUACCCGAGGGAAACUAUUUCAUAUUGCUAGAUCGCUUAACACCACUAAAGAUGUUAUCCUUAAAGAGGUGUAAAAUCAAUGAUAUUGUGUGUAUGGAAAUAUCGAAAAGGAUUGACUUAGGCGGUAAUGGUGCAGCACUAUCAGUUCUAGAUUUGGGUUCCAAUCAAAUUACUGAUAGAGGAAUAUGGUAUCUGGCAGAUGUUCUACGAAGAAACCGCUCGCUUCGACAUUUAGGUUUAUCAGAUAAUAAAAUAACGGACUAUGGUUUUAAAUUUAUUAUGAACCAUUUGAAGGAAUUUCAGAUGAACAAAGAAGAGAUACUCGGAAGGAAAAGAAGGCGCAUUGAAUUCAUUAGAAAUGUUGGUUUAAAUAAUUUAGUCAAACGCCGGGAUAGUGCUAGUGAUGGCGUAGUUAAUCAUGAAACACAAGUACAUUUUCGUAGAGGAAAACAAAAGUCGCCAAGAAGGAAAAAGCAGUCAGCUAUUAUAGAAACGACUAAUGUUAGUGCUGAAGCGAUUACGAAAGAAGAAUUCAGUGAUGUUUUCGAUGAUGAUAAUAUUAUAAUACGUGAUGAGAAUAUGAAUUGUAUUGGUAACUUUGUUUUAUGCUCCCUAAAUAUGGCAUACAAUGAGCUCGACUAUUUCUCUGUGAAGAGAAUUCUUGACGUUUUAAACUAUCAGAAAAAGCUCCAUAAACCUCCGCUUACUGGAUUGGUAAGAUUGAUGUUGGAUGGUAAUUUUAUACCACAGGAGUGCGACGAACUUAAUGAAAUACAUUUGUAUUUGACUCCGAAUGUUUCUAGCAGUGUUCAUUCUCAGCGUGGUCACCUAAAAAGUAGAUCUACUAUGGUGAGGAAGCAUUAA